CUGCGGUCGGCUCCCGAGAGUUGGGGAUCCGAGGCGCGCGCGCGCGCGCAGGUCGGGAGCGCGGAUGCUGGAAGUUCACAUCCCGUCGGUGGGGCCCGAGGCCGAGGGGCCCAGCCAGAGCCCAGAGAAAGGCCACAUGGUGUUCCGCGUGGAGGUGCUGUGCAGCGGGCGCAGACACACGGUGCCCCGGCGCUACAGCGAGUUCCACGCGCUGCACAAGCGGAUCAAGAAGCUGUGCAAAGUGCCCGACUUCCCCUCGAAACGCCUGCCCAACUGGAGGAGCCGAGGCCUGGAGCAGCGUCGCCGGGGCUUGGAGGCCUACAUCCAGGGCAUCCUGUACCUGAACCAGGAUGUGCCUAAGGAGUUAUUGGAAUUCCUGAGACUUCGACACUUCCCCCGGGACCCCAAGGCCAGCCGCUGGGGCACCCUGGGGGAAUUCCUGCCUAGUGACAGCAGCUCCCAGCUGCACCACCGGCCAGUCAUCAGCUUCCGCGUGGAUCCCUACAUUUACACCCCUUCUCCAGAGCCUCUGCCUGAAGUGGUGGUGACUGGUGUGCUCCAGGGCCUCUACGGCUUCGGCGCCAGCUCGGCAGCAGCGCAGCCGGAGGCCGACUGUCACCCGGACCCCCCACCACCCUUGCUCUGACUGGCCCAGGCCUUGGGCCACCUGACAGGACAAUUAGAUGCCCCGUCCUAUGAGCUCCCUAUCAGGAA